UUCUACCAACAGUCUCGACAAGCGAUUAUCACCCCCUGCCUCCGAACCAUAUAGGUUUUACCAGUUCUACAGCAACUGAAUUGAAUCGUUUUCUUAAUGAAGCACCCUCAGGAAUUAGGAUUUGUAAGGGAAGUAAAACCUGCCUUUGAACACAUGCCAAUAACUCGGAGGCAUAUCACGAUUCCUCCUUGGGAUCAGCUUCCUCGGGAUGUGCUUGACCUCAUAUCCCAAAAACUUGAUUUUGACGACCUCUUUCAAUUUUCUCGUGUCUGCAAAGAUUGGAGACUAGUUUUUCAUGAAUCAACAGAUAAAUCAAAAUUCUUGACAUCCCAGGAACCUCUCCUUCUUGAGUUUUUUAAUUAUCCUGUUAAGGUACCAUAUUCCUUUACUAGCCUACCCACUCAAAAAGUUUAUCCUUUGAAAAAGAUGAUGAUGAACCACCUAUUGAGUUAUUCCGAUAACUCCUUCCCUAUCUAUGUUACCUAUUCUAGUGGGUAUUUCAUUAUGAUUGCUGAUAAUUCUUCGAUUCUGCUCGUCAACCCAUUCACACGAAUAAAGAAGAAAGUAAUCUGUCCAUCCACCUUUGAGUUUAGUUCCUCCGCUCAACAUACAUACCGUGCAUUACUUGCUUUUGACAAAUGCUCUGAGGAAUUUGUUUUAUUAUUUUUAUUCAGACUUUCUAAUGGUUUGCAUGUCUAUCAAUCUCGAAAUAAUGGUUGGGUUACAUAUUCCACUGAGGAUAAUGAGGAUGCCGUUGUUGACUUUGUGGCUUUGAACAAUAAAAUAUAUGUUGUUACUGAGGAGCCCAAGAUAGGGGUACUCUCUUUGGAUUCACCAAAUAUUGAAUAUCUACCGAUGGUGAAUUCUCCCAACUUAAAUAUUGUCUUAUCAUUCUUUAACUUGGUUAAAUGUGAUGAACAACUUUUACUGGUUCGAUUAAAUCCAAGUCUCCAUCCUAUUAUUAUGCGUGGUGACCCUCCGCCAGAGAGAAAAGUUUACAAGAUAGACUUCUCAACCAUGACUUAUGUAGAACUCGAAACCUUGGGGGACAUUGCAUUAUUUUAUGUUGCCUUUAGAAGCUGUAAGGCAUUGAUCAACCCAAACAAAUGGGGAUAUGAGAGCAACUCCGUGUACGAAGUCUACAAUUGUGCCCAUAAAUGUCCCCGUAUCAAAAAUCCCUUUUGUACUGUUUAUAAUUGGGAUAAAAAAUCAGAGAAAUCCAUUGCGCCUCCUAAUCCUAGAACAGCGGGCAGUGUCUUUGAUUGGUGUUUUAGACAUCCUGAAAUAUGAAGUAGAUUGUUCUCUCUUUGAGUAAAAUUUGUUCACCAUAGGAAGUCGCAGACAAAAUUGGAGAUCUCCAAUUUUAUUAACUUUAUUGUUUUUUAUUUGGUUUAAUUAAAGUUUUGGUUCUCUCUUAUUCACGAAAUUGAUUCUCUUGUUUUAAAUUUAAACAAUUUUGGUCACCUAUAUUAAAUUUAAACAA